GCCGGAUCCGAGGAAGGUGGCAGCAGUUCAAAAAGCCCCCGCUCCGGUUACGCUCACCUAGGUUCAAGCCUUUUUAGGGAUGGCUUUGUAUUACCGACGCUUCAUCAAAGGGUUCGCCGGUGUGGCGAAGCCCCUGACGAACCUAUUGAAGAAAGAGGAGCAGCUGAUUUGGACGCCGGAAUGCGAAGCGGCUUUUCAGGCGUUGAAGGAGGCUCUGACAUAUGCGCCUGUGCUGGCGCAUCCCGACCCGCCAAUACCAUUCGCACUUCACACCGAUUUGGAGCCGCAGGCAAUAUCGGUCGUGCUGACUCAGCACAGGGCGGACGGCAGGGAGCACGUCAUUGAGUAUGCGUCAAAAACGCUGAGCCAGGCACAGUCUAAUUAUGAAGUGUGCAAAGGUGAAUGCUUGGCGGUGGUGUGGGGGAUUCAGCAUUUCCGACCGUAUCUUUACGGCCAGAAAUUUGUGCUGGUAACGGAUCAUCAGCCGCUGCUGUUCCUACGCAACAACACGGAUUACACGGGGAUGCUGGGAAGGUGGGCGGUGCGCCUACAGGACUAUGACUUCGACAUUCGCCACCGUGCCACGUGGCAGCAUGGGAACGCUGAUGGAUUGACGCGCCUCUUGCCGCCCAUCAAGUGUCCCGCCAAUGAGCGACUCAUUCCGUGGAAGCUGGAAGCCACUCCGACGGAACCGCGCUAUGGGGAACUGCACGCGCUGUGCAAGGACGAUGCCUGAGUCCAGAAUGGAGGUCUCGCCGGAGGGGGCGGAUGCCAUCUCUUUGCCCUCGUCCAGUUCUCUUGCUCCCUCGGCUAGUCCCAACUCCU